AUGGAUGCAGAGGAAUUCCUUGAAAGUGAAGAAGGGAAUCCAGCCGCCAGUUGCAGCAUUGUUGAGCAAUUCUCAUCUCCCAAGUGUCAGAAGUUAUCUGGUGUCACAGAGGAAAGUGAAGAUCCUGAAUUUGAUUAUUAUGAUCAAGGAGUUAUACCUCCUUAUGCAUCAGCCCCAGGAUGGAUGCUUCCCUCACAGCUAAGAUCAACCCCUCAACAAAUGCCUGCACAGUACAUCACCAUAUCUCAUCCUUUGCCUUAUCCCUGGCAAGCGGUCCCACCACCAAAUACAAGACACAAUGCUAAAUUUUUACGACGUAUUCAAGGACCAGUCCCUCAAAGGGCAGCUGUACAAGAUGAAGAGUCUUCUAGUCUGGGAGAAUCAUCCAGUGUCCCUGGUUCUAUACUAGAUGAAAGUGAAUAUACAGGCACUGGUGGUGCCGAUAUUCCAGAAAGAUCUUCUUCUUACAUCAGAGCUACACAGACAAGAGCAGCUGGAAAGGAACGUCCCUCUCACCCAGGCCUUCCACUCUUUAAUCCUGGAAACCAGGAUUACUUUCAAGCCUUAACAUCUUUAAAUUCUCAUUCUGGUGCUUCUGUGCCAUCAAAGAAAACCAAAAAAGCAAAACAAAAUUCAGACUCUGAAAAUUCAAAUAUGAUGCACUCUUCAGAGAUGAUACAGAAGAAAAUGUCAGUAAAGAGUAAAGCAAAAAUCUGAGUAUAUAAGCAAAUUGGGUAUUAUAAAAGUCUAUAACAGCACAGUGAGAAUAAUGUUCAUUGAGUUUAAUUUGGCAGAAAUCGCUCAUGGUGGCAUAUUGGUUGAAUUUACAUCUAUUUUUCUUGGACAAUAUUUCCAUAUUAGUUAGCAGGGUAUCAGUCCAGUGACUUGAUGCAUGUAUUACUUGUUAUAUCGAGUAUAGACAAACUAAUUGAGAAAUUUUAUUUUAGAAGUGCAAUUAGUUACUUACAUUUGCCUUUUUUCAAAGGGUCAUAAAGCAUUGCUCCCUAACUCUUAUUCAGCACAGUCUGCUCUGUAGUACAGAGGUUCAAAUCCCUGAUAUGUUUAUAGGUUCAUAGGCGUGUACUAGGCUAACAAUCACAAGGGCCUUUUUAAGCCUAGCCAUGCAUCCCAAAUCUCUGACAAGUUCUAAUACCCUUGAUAAGUGUAAGUAAGGGCUUGAGAGAUGAACAUUUACAUGCCGCCUGUGUCCAUUAGAGACAUCGGUGCCAAACCAGGGAUGAAUUUCCUGUUCCCCAUCCAA